AGGAGGCAAGUAAUAAAAUAAGCCAGUGGACUAGAGAUUGGAAAAUGAAGUUGAAUAAAGUAAAAUCGGUUCACAUAAACUUCAUCAAUCGGAAAAUAAUGAAUCCACCACAAAUUAACUUAAAUGAAACGAACGUAGCGAUUCAUAACUCAGCAAAAUACCUAGAAAUGACUUUAGAUGUCAAGCUAAGGUUGAAAGAGCAUAUAAAGAAGAAACACAUAGAAUUAGAAAAUAAAUAAAUUUGGCAAUUGAUAAUAAAAAAUUGAUUUAUAGCCAAGUCAUUAAACCAAUAUGACUAUAUGACAUUCAACUGUGGGGUUGUGCCAGAUCAGAUAUCCGUGGCUCUGUUUCUGUUUAUUUUGUUUGUUAAUCGGUUGAAAUUCACUAUGGAAGGUGAUUAGUCUACCGAAGCUAUCUGCGUUGUGAAUUCCCUUUACUUUCCGUCUUUGAAGCAUGACACCGUCAUUGUCCCAUGGUUUCAUUGUGUUUUGAGCUCAUGGUUUGUUGGGUUAUGAUGUACUGUCAGCGGUGAGUUUUUUUUUCACUGACAGUUGUCUAAUGUUAUAUGCUAUAUUAUAUAUUUGAAGUUAUAUAUUUUAUAUUUUAUUUAAAUUCUAUAUUAUAUAUUUUAUUAUUAUUUGUUUUAUUUUUUUGUAAGGUUAUGUACUAAUUAUUUGCAUAUAUUAAAGUAAUAUUUUUGUGUCAAUGUUAUACUAAUGUUCAAUUAUUUUUAGCUAUAUCACCACUGUGGUAGCUGAAUAUUUUUGAUUAUUCAGCCAAAUCUUCCCUUAUUAUAAUUUGCGGAAUGUAUGGGAUUUAAACCCACACCCCUUCGGUAUUUAUUUCGGUUUACAAGCGAUUGUCACUCGGCCACCGGGGGCAUCUCUUCAAAAUUUAUAGUUACAUGGAAUAUAGUAAAUGUUAAAGAACAUUGUACAGAUAUUCGAAAUAUAAAUAAUUUCAGUCAUAAUCAAGAAUAUAUUAAUAAUCAGAUAAUUAUGUUUUUUAUUAAUAUACAAAUUUUCCUCUUUUUGUUUUUUCAGCAUGUAAUGUCGCAACAGUAAAUACGUGUCAGCAGUCUCGAAACGAUAAUAAAUUUUCUAUAUAUAAAAAAUAAAUGCGCAUUUACAAUAAUAAAUUAUUGCUAAUGCAAAUAUCAUCAAUGCACCGAGGAUAUUGUAAAUUUGAAAAAAAAAUUUGGUAUCGCAUGCACAUAACAACCUUGUAACUGCAAAUUGAGUUGAAUAUUGUAGCGUAAAUUGUAUCCGCCGAUUUUUUUCACCUAAAGUCUCUACAUUUUGCAUUAAAAAACAGAAAAUAUUUAUGAAAACCAAUAAAUAAAAGUAAAAAAUUUUAAAUAAGAAACAAUUAUAAAAAUAAUAAACAAAAUGUGUUCGUUAACAAAACUUAAUUUUAAAUAUCAAUCCAGAAAAGAUUCAACGAAAACGAGAACAAUAUUAUCGUCAACAAUAAGAAUAAAAUCAUCAUCUUCAACAAUCGACGAUUCUACUGCUAAAACAACAGCUCAAGAGCAAUUAGAAUCCAGAUUAUUAGGGAUAAAAUAUCCUGAAGAUAAUUUAAUAAAUAGAAUAAGAACCAAUAAAAUUCAAAGAAAUUCAAGAAAAUCAAUUUUAGAAAAUUUCGAGUUAAAUAAUAAUAGUUAUUAUUCAAAUUUAUAUUAUGAUAAAAAUAAUAUUUAUAAUAAUGGUAAUGAAAGUAGUAAAAAUUGUUGUCGAGCAUAUAUUAAAAGUCCUACAAUAAUAUCAGCGGUUACAACACCAUUAAAAAUGUGGAAUAUAUUUUUAAUAAUAUUAAUAAUUUUUUUAUCCCAACGAAUUGUUUUAUGUGUUGAUGCCAUGCAUUGGGAUCAUGAUGUUCAAUUAAAUGAAGAUUUUCGUCUUUUAUGGUCAGUAACACCCCAGGAUAUAACAUUUGAAAUACAAGUACGUGCAUUAGGUUAUGUUGGUUUAGGAUUUUCAUAUGAUGGUAAUAUACCUGGUGCAGACAUGGCGAUUGGGUGGGUAGACAGAGGACAGCCAUACUUUCAGGUAACGCGGAUGUCAUUUAUCAAAUUGUACAAUAAUUUCUGGUCCGUAAGUUUAUAGCAAUAAGUUUUUUUGAGCAUUUUAAAAAACUUACAAUAAAAUUUGCUGUAAUUUUGAAAAUUUUCUUAUAAAAGAGAUUUUGAU